AUGAUUGUGUUGGACAUCUUCCGAGUGCCGCAUGUACCGGCACACGUGAACAACGCAACCCCGGAUCCAGAAUUGGAUUCAUUCUUGGCCAAAAUAAGGAAGCCAAGAGACCCAGAUCUGCGACGAGAAUUAGAGAUGGACUAUCAAGUCAAGAGCAGAAGAAUUUUUGUUCCUAGGCAAGAAGAGAGACCAGAUGCUCCAGAUGAGGAGGACUUGGUUCGGCUGGACCGUUUUGAUACGAAGAUAUUCCUUGAAUUUCUGAACGGCUACUGCUUCUUCACUAUUCUUCAAGCCCAUAUUGCGAACGUCUUCCCUCUACAAUGUGCUCUUGCUGUCCAAGCCCAGCGAGGGGGUCUGCCGUCUGACGCACAGCGAGUCAACAACUGCGAAGGGAGAAACGAUUUGAUGAAAAAGAAGACAGCCGACCCGACCCUUUUAUCUUUUACACCUUAG